AUGGGUUCUUCGUCUUCAAAAACAGCUGCUCCAUCUCUACUUCUUGAAAAACCAUGGAGGCAAAUUAACUAUGGAGAGAACUCAACUGAUCAGCAUUUUGUGGAGAACUACAAACCUGAGGUUGAAGAACAAAAUCUUAGGAUCCUCCUUCAUGGUCCAGGUCGAGCUGGAAAAUCUAGUUUCAUCAAUUCUGUAAACAGUGUCUUACAAAAGAGAAUAUGUUGCGACGCUUUGGCGUCUAACACUUGGGGUUGUUUCACUAAAAAGUAUACAACCUACAAGAUCGAAAAGGGAAAUGCCUUUUACCCUUUUGUCCUAAAUGACAUGAUGGGGUUGAAGUACGCAACCAGCAGAGGAAACAGAAGGAUUCAUGUGAAAGAUGUCAAACAGGCGCUGAAGGGCCACAUAAAAGAUGGUUACGUGUUCAACCCUGAAAAUAAACUGUCAAAAGGCGAUAGAUACUACAACAGAACUCCAACUGAGAACGACAAAGUGCACGUUUUGGUUUGUGUUGUUGAUGCAAACACUGUAUCUCUGAUGAAAGAUGCCACUGUGGAAGCAAUACAGGACGUCAGAGAUGAAGCCACUGAUCUGGAGAUUCCACAAGUGGUAAUUUUCACCAAAAUUGACGAGGCUUUUCCUGAGAUAAAUCAUGAUUUGAAAAAUGUCUACAAGAGCAAAUCUCUGCAGCAAAGGAUUGAGCUGUUCAGCAUACGUGUGGGCAUUCCUAUUAACUGUAUUUUUCCACUGAAGAACUACCACUCAGAAACAGAACCGAAUCCUGACAUUGAUGCUAUAAUAAUGAACGCCAUGAGACGCAUCAUUGAAAUUGGAAAUGACUCCCUCAACAGAAAGUUAAGAUCCCAGACCUAGACAUCCACUGUACUGAAAGUGUGGUUUUCGUUAAAACCAUCACAAUCAUUGUAUGUGUUACAUUGUGUGUGCGUGGGAAGCAUGGUUCCAUCAAAAAUCUGAAAUCAAGAAAUUUAAGGUCUAUAUUUCCCUGAAAAUUUCCAAGAUGUGUUUUAAGACUAGUAGAAAAAUAUGAAUCCUCUAAAUUUGUUUUGUAAAUGUUUAUUAUUAAAGUUGUUUUAGUUUCCUGUAUUACCAGAUGCUCUGUCAAAGGCCAAAGGGAGACUGAGCCUAUAAAUACACACAUAUGUAAUACAUUUAUUACCAACCUGAGAGUUUAUCCACUGGUUAUUUGACAUGACGAAUGACUUCUGAACACUUAAAUCUGUGUCCUGUUCCAACUCAAGAUGCUGUAGGUCCGCUGAGUAACACUCUGGGUUCGCUGGCACAGUGUAGCUCUAUUAACCUGUGCUUGAUUUCUCUGUGGCUUUCUUGUUUGACCCAAAAACAAAAUUGUAGAAGUGAAACUUAAAGUAUUCGAGAGCUAAAUUUUAAAAAGCAUAAAAUACAUUAUAGAAGCAUACAAAUAAAAGCAAAUACAUUCAUCAUUACAUUCAUCUAUAAAAUAUAAAAUUCUGUUUCAAUUUAGUGAUGAUCAUUUCCAAACCAAUACAUUGGAUUUCAAAUUAUGCUAAUCCAAAUUCAUUUUUUAAAAACAUUUAUUCAAGUUGAGCAAUUCAGACUCAAUCUGAGCAAUGCGAAUUCAAAUAUAACUUAUUUAAAUUCAUUUUCUGAUUGCAUGAAGUUCUGCCCAUACAAAGACCCAGUUCUACAGCUCAUUUGAAAGUACUGACAUCUGCUGGUGAUUUGAGGCCUCCUGCGAUAAUCCAUCACUAUCGAUUGGUAACAUUAUUUUACCUUGUUGUCACUUGGAUCUGGAGUUUUAUUGUAAACAAACACUGAAACUCAAUUAAAACAGAAUAGGAAUAGAAUUUAAACAAAGGAAAAUAACAAAAGACAUAAUAGUUUGCUCAUUCAAACUGAUCCAAAACUAAACAGUAUGUGAUUCCUUUUCUGCAACAAACAUUAAAUAUUGGUUAAUAUGUUGAUCUUUCAAUAUGACAAGUAAAAGUUUUUGUUGUACUGACCUUUCAUUUGCACUUAAGUCUAAAGACCUUGAAAUGGCUUCUUGGAGGUCAGGGUCAUUUGACAGGCAUUCUUCCUCAAACAGGCAGAGAAAUGUACUGCAAAGCCAGAAUAUUUUGAUUUUUUUGUUUGUUUUUUUGUUAAACUACAUAUAAAUGGUGUUGACAUAAUUACAUUAUCUUAAUACAUGGAUUGUCCUCAGCAUUAUUAAAGUUUGUGAGGGAUCAUCUUGAGAGAGAAAAGAACAAAAGGCCUGAAAAACAGUCCCCUGAACAUCAACACAACAACAGCUUAAAGAAUUUCAUUUAAAAAAGACAUCACCAAGAAAGCUCGGUUAAGAGAGUUAAAGCUGUGUUGAAGACUAAAGUAGCUCAUAUCACAUAUUGAAUUUUAAGCUCAUUAAAAUUGUUAAAGU